AUGUCUUCUGAAACAUUGAAACUUCUACCGAUUGGAGCUGAAGGAAUUGUUGAAAAGAUUAUUCAGUUGGGUGCAACAAAAUUUAUACAAAUUUCACAGCAUGUAUUGGAGAGAAUGCCGGACACAGUUGACGUUGCAGAUAUAUUUGACACAGAAGAACGAGAAAAGUUGCGCGAAAAUUUACAAAUUGAUCUUCCAACAGAACUUUCUGUUUUUUUGACCAUAAGCGAAUUAUGGAAAAACAUUGCAUAUUCUCAGCCUAAAUUGCAGCCAUUGCUUGAAAGUUUGAAAGAAAUUGGAUUUGAUGAUGAAAUGAGGACCGCAAUCGUAAAAGUUUGGUCAGAAAGCGGCGUGACGGUUUCAGAUCAGUUGCGCAAUAUUUCAUUUUCUGGACGUCCUAAUGUUAGAGAUGUCGGAUGGACGCUACGUAUGAGUGUAGCAAGUAGCCAUAAUCCAGUGAUGCGUGCUGCAGAAACAAUUCUACAGUUUGAUACAGAUCGGGGUUCAAAAAUUGUCGAGCUGAGCAGAGGUAAACUUGUAGAACUUUAUAUGAUGCUGCAGGAGGUGCAAAAAAGUUUGGAUGUUUUGCUUGAAAGGUAG